AUGUGCACCGAGUGCGCGGCGUCGUGCGCGGCGUGGUGCAAGGACAUGUGGGUCUGGGUCGACAAGGGUACGUGGGAGAACACGGUGACCGGCAAGACGUUCGUGUAUGAGGAGAAGGCGACGGAAAAGGGCGAGGAGAAGGCGCACGAGCUGCCUGUUGUCUUUCUGUUCGCGUAUGGAGUGGGCGACGGCGGCGGCGGCGAGGGGGGCGGUGGAGAGGCGCCAGCCCCACCGGACAAUGCCAACACGGGAACCGCCGGCUGCCCGUGUAUAGACGUGCGGGACGUGCUGCCAACUUACGACGGCUGCCUCGACUCUGGGUGCGACUCACCAUUGCAACACUACCCAGGAGCAUUCUGCGCCAAGACCACAUACGGCAGCUCCAGCUGCAAGGCUUGGGACCUAGACCUAUCGUUUCCAAACUGUGUCGUGCCCGAGCCUCCAUUUUUCAUUGGGAAACGUAUGCGCGACGAGUACACGGUGGGAGGAGUGACGUACCGCCAGCCCUACAACGAAAGCGUGAGGAUAACCAUCUAUUCUGGAUGGCUCGUCGAGCAAGGGCUGCUGGACCCGCUCAGGGCUGACGAUGCUGAUCUGAUAAUGGAGUUGGCGGGUGACGCACGCCACAAGUUUCGGGACUUUCGACAGCCAGCGUUUUGCCGUGAGCGGUGGUGCUAUGUAGACAAGGCGAAGUGCCGCACCGGCACCGUGCGGUACGACCAAAGUGCCUACUUCUCAAGCUCUGCUCAGAACGAUGACGACGACGACGACGACGACGACGACGAUCGGAGCGCAAGCGCCCUUGCUGACCUCACAUACUCGUACGAGACGUGCGGCUCGAACCACACGCACUGGGAUACGACGAGCUCCCUCACCGACCGCCAGCUGCGGGUCCUGAUUCCUGCAAUGAAUUACUACCCCUACCACUACAAAACCACGGAUGGGCUUCCAAACGGGAAGGCCUACUUGGACAAGAACGAGACGGUGUACCGGGACGACAGCGCGGCUUUUGUGGGCAAUCUGAUCUCCUAUCUGCGAGCGCUCUCGCAGGUUCCCGACGGCCCCAUGCCAAAAGACGGCGAGCAUCAGCUCACUUGGACAUCUGCCGCUGCGAGGUCCAAGCACGGCUCCGCAUGGACCGCCACGAUCGCCGAGGUUGGGUGGGGGCAAGCUGAUCUUGGGCUUUCCAUCUUUUGGGUCACCAGAGACCGGCUUCGGAUGGCGACCUUCACGGCGCCGCUCUACACGGAUCACAUGCGGCUGUACGUUCCCCACCCUCCCGCAAAGGCUGAUACCCUCAUCGACAAGAUCAAGUUGCCGUUCGAACCGUUCGAUCCCAUGGUCUGGGGGACGGUGAUUGCCAUUGUCUUCAUGCACGCCCUCCUAAAGGUCUCGCUGACUGCGCGGCUUUGGUGGGCAGAGUGGGCGGACAAGGUUGGAUGGGAGCGGGCGCGGUUCUGGCGCAAGGCGUUGUUCCUGCUCGGCCGCUUCUUCGAGUCGUCGUACGAGUCGACGCUCAUCACGUACGGCGGCGCGCCCGACUUCGACGAGCAGCACCGGCUCGCGACACGCUUUCUCAACAUAGGCUUUGGCAUCUUCCUUCUCAUCGUGCUCAACUCUUACACCGCCAACCUGACCACCUUUCUCACGUGGAGAGAACCGCCGUUCCAACCCUACGUCAAGAAUAUGUUCGAGGCCUCCAUCAGCUCUCCACCAACCAAGGUUUGUGCCCACAAGAUCCUGCAGCCCACCUUCGACAAUCUCUGGCCCCGAGCGAACUUUCACUACCGGUAUAUGGACACGGGAGACGACGUGAGAGCGGGCAUCCUCGAGGACGGGUGCGACGCCUUCGUUGUCUCCGAGCGCGCAAUGUCGGUGCAGGGGGGAAUCGAGAAGGCGCGCUGCGAGCUCGUGGCGAGCUCGUGGCGAGAGGGCGAUCCUAAAGGAUUCAUAGAGGGCGAGCUCGUGGCGAGCGUCGAGGUGGCGCUGCCCGCGCGGCCGGACGUUGCAAACGCGAUGUCGUACUGGAUGAAGGACCUCGAAGAGGAGGCCCGCAUCACGUACGGCAAGGUAUUGGCCAAUUCAAGGACUGACCGAAUCUGCUCCCUGAGUUUGGAUGACAGCAUCAACUUUGGUCUGCAUCAGCUCACGGUCGAGGAAUUCAUCGGGCCUCUUCUGAUUUUCGGCGCCUUCGUCGGGCUCGCGAUCCUGACGCGGUCGGGCCGCAUCUGCUUCAAAAAUCGAGACACCGUGGUGACAAACUUGCGCAAGGGCGCGCUCGGUUCCAUGCGCACGGCGGCACUAAUCACGGCCUGGAAGCUGCGCUCCGCAGUUGCGGAGCAGCGCGCCAUCGAGGUUGGGGAGAGCAGCGUCCGGCAGCAGAGCGAGAUACUCUCGGCGGUGAAAGGGAUCUACGACGAGCUCAACUCGCAGCAGCAAAUGAUCCUCGAGAUCGCGCAGCGAACCUCCGGCUUGGCCGUGCCGGCCAAGCCGGCCUUCGAAGGCCGCCCGAGCCGCGCCAGCGCCGGCUCGGCCCGCACGACGGCCGGCGGGUCGGAGCCCGAGCUGAACGCCGAUACGGUCGAGAGGAGCAAGGAGGUGCUGGAGAGGUUUGGCACUGUGGGCGGCAGUGCUGCCUCUGGCGCGGACGUGGCCCGAGCUCGCCUAAGCCAUCUCGGCAUCCGAGCGAGCGCGCCGUGA